AGCAAACUAGCUUCUUAGUCACCUUGCUCUUCUCCCCGUUUUGGCAGCAGCCCCUCGGGGCAAGGGGAAGCUGAUAUCAUAAUUAUUGGCUCACCCAGCAGCUGCCUCCCCUCACCUGAUGUCAGCACAGACCCAGGACGGCCAAGCUGACGGACUGACAGGCGGACGGAGCUCCUGGCCCCCCAGACCCGGGCCCCCACGCCGACCUGCUUCACUGAGCAGCCGGCUUUCUUCGAGGCCAGGACCGGGUGAUGGUGUCGCUACUCCCGCCGCAGUCUGACGCCACGCUGCCCGGCCCCGCCAGACUGGAGGGUGAGCCCCAGGGGGACCUCAUGCAGGCGCCGGGCCUUCCAGGCUCUCCUGCCCCACAGAACAAGCUUGCCGGCUUCAGCUGCUCAUCAUUUGUGCCCGACGGCCCCCCAGAGAGGGCAUCCUCACUGCCCCCACAGAGUCCCAGUGUCGCGUCACCUGGCCCUGAGCAAGUCCACUGCCCAGCCGGCCCUGGCCCGGGCCCCUUCCGGCUCUCACCCUCAGACAAGUUCCCCAGCUUCGGCUUUGAGGAGGGCCCAGCAAGCAGCCCUGGGCGCUUCCUCAAGGGCGGCCAUGGGCCUUUCCACCCAUACAAGCGGCAUUUCCAUGAAGACGUCUUCCCUGAGGCCCAGACCGCCCUGGCCCUCGAUGGACACUCCUUUAAGACCCCGGGGGCACUGGAGACCUUCGAGGAGAUCCCCGUGGAUGUCGGGGAGGCUGAGGCCUUCCUGCCUGGCUUCUCGGCAGAGGCCUGGUGCAACGGACUCCCCUACCCCAGCCAGGAGCACAGCCCCCAAGUCCUGCAGGGAUCAGAAGUCAAGGUCAAGCCCUCAGCUUUGGAGACUGGUCCUGGGAUGUACUGUUACCAGCCCCCCUUGCAGCACAUGUACUGUCCCUCCCAGCCCCCCUUCCACCAGUACUCACCAGGUGGCGGCAGCUACCCCAUACCAUACCUGGGCUCCUCACACUAUCCAUACCAGCGGAUCGCACCCCAGGCCAGCACCGACGGGCACCAGCCUCUCUUCCCAAAACCCAUCUACUCCUACAGUAUCCUCAUCUUCAUGGCCCUUAAGAACAGUAAAACUGGGAGCCUUCCUGUCAGCGAGAUCUACAAUUUCAUGACGGAGCACUUUCCUUACUUCAAGACGGCGCCCGAUGGCUGGAAGAAUUCUGUUCGCCACAACCUGUCUCUCAACAAGUGCUUUGAGAAGGUGGAGAACAAAUCAGGAAGUUCCUCUCGCAAGGGCUGUCUGUGGGCCCUCAAUCCGGCCAAAAUCGACAAGAUGCAGGAAGAGCUACAGAAGUGGAAGAGGAAAGACCCUAUUGCUGUCCGCAAGAGCAUGGCCAAGCCAGAAGAGCUGGACAGCCUCAUUGGAGAGAAGAGGGAGAAGCUGGGCCCCCCACUGCUGGGCUGCCCACCCCCCGGGCUGGCAGGCUCAGGCCCCAUCCGGCCCCUGGCACCUCCAGUUGGGCUCUCCCAGCCACUGCAUUCAAUCCACCCAGCCCCAGGCCCCAUUCCUGGCAAGAACCCCCUGCAGGACCUACUUGGAGGACACGUGCCCUCCUGCUACGGGCAGACAUAUUCGCACCUCUCACCGGGCCUGGCCCCUCCUGGACCUCCGCAGCCAUUGUUCCCACAGCCAGAUGGCCACCUUGAGCUGCGGGCCCAGCCAGGCACCCCCCAGGACUCGCCUCUGCCUGCCAACACCCCACCCAGUCACAGCGCCAAGCUGCUGGCUGAGCCUUCCCCGGCCAGGACCAUGCAUGACACCCUGCUGCCAGACGGAGACCUUGGCACUGACCUGGAUGCCAUCAACCCCUCUCUCACCGACUUUGACUUCCAGGGAAACCUGUGGGAACAGCUGAAGGAUGACAGCUUGGCCCUUGAUCCCUUGGUACUGGUGACCUCGUCCCCGACAUCAUCUUCAAUGCCACCACCUCCGCCACCACCCCAUUGCUUCCCACCUGGGCCCUGUCUGGCAGAGACAGGCAGUGGGAGUGGCGACGUGGCACCACCAGGCGGUGGAGGCUCUGGGGCUUUGGGUGACCUGCACCUCACCACCCUCUACUCGGCCUUCAUGGAGCUGGAGCCCACACCCCCCACGGCCCCCGCUGGCCCCUCUGUGUACCUCAGUCCCAGCUCCAAGCCCAUGGCCCUCGCGUGAGCCACACCCAGAAGCCUUUAUGUGGCCUGGAAGUCCCAGCUGGCCGCCCGCGUCGGGCUCACCUUAAAGGUCAAGGAAGGAAAACCAUCCCUGUCCCCUGUGCCACUAAGCCAACUGUUUGUUAGCUGGCAGCCGGGGGGUGAAGAAGACACCACCCACGAUGCUGCCCCUCACACAUUUCUGCCACCUGAGCGAGCCAGCUCCUCACUCAGGGUCCCUGAAGACCCAGUGUCUGGGAAAAAAACAAAAAAACCAAAAACACUCUCCUUAGCUCACACUCAUCCCCACUUAAGCGCUUCUGCGUUAAUGUGUACAUACAUAUGCACCACACACACACAAACACACACACACACACACACAGUCUUUCAGACAUACACCCACCCAUAUACCUUCUACCCAGAGGAAUCAGAAUUACACCACUGAGAGCCUAGCUGCUCCAUUCCUGGGGCAGCUGAGAGCUGAGGGCUCAGGAUCCUCAUGCCAGGCCCAAGACCACCCUGAAGCCCUAUUCUGAUGUCCACAUUUUCUGCAGGCGUGGCCCCUCCUAGCGUGUUCUCUCCCAGAAGCCCCCUGUAUUUAUUCUCCCAACUUCAUCCCAGCAGCCUUUCAAGGAGGAGUAGGGAUGGGGCCUCUCCCCAAGUUGUCUGUGGGUCCCCCACUGGCUGAGUAGCAGCCCCCACUCUGCCAGGCUCUGCCCAUCCUCAGUAAACACUCUGUCCGACCUCCCCCAGAAGGACACACAGGAGGGGCAGCGUCCACCCCAGGACCAAACUGAGCCCAAUUCUGACACAAAGUGUUUGGAAAAGUCCUUGCCCUUGGAAACUUAAAAGUGUCCUCUCUUCCCAGCCCUGGGUGCAGGAAGGGCCCCUCCAGAUCACUACAAUCUCACCCCUUCUCUGUAAGAAAUUCAUGUAGUUUAGGUCCUAACUUACUAAUUACUUCCAACCGUCCCGGGCAGUCUCUUCCUUUCAGGGAAGGGAAGCCUGAUGCAGGCUGGCAGGGUGGGGAGUGAGCACCCACGCUCCCCUCUCUCUGACUGCUUGGCAGACCCAGGAUAUCCCUGGAGCUAGGGGGUGUGUCCAGGCUGCCCGCCAUGCCCUACUGGAGAGCCCAACCCUCACCAAGUGGGAGCUUCUGCCUACCCUGGAGGCCUGGGGGUGACAAGAACCCCCAGAGGUUUUCCUGGGCUCAGUUAGGCACAAGCACAUCCCUCGAUGGCCUGCCAUUAUCCCCUGACCUGGAACAAUAAAGCAAAUGCCUUGUA